AUGCGGGAGGCGAAGCUGGAGCCCGACGUCAUCUCCACCUACAAUGCUGGGGUCAGCGCGUGCGGCAAGGGCGGGCAGUGGCAGCGGGCGCUGGCGCUGCUGAGCGAGAUGCGGGAGGCGAAGCUGGAGCCCAACGGUGCACACGUCUUUAUCCUACAGCGCUGGGAUCAGCGCGUGCGAGAAGGCCGAGCGGUGGCAGCGGGCGCUGGCGCUGCUGAGCGAGAUCGGGCGCUGGCGCUGUUGAGCGACAUGUGGAAGGCGAAGGUGGAGCCCAACUCAGCUACAACGCUGGGAUCAGCACCUGCGAGAAGGGCCGACAGUGGCAGCAGGCGCUGGCGCUGCUGA